AUGGAUAGCACCCCAAGGAGGUGGAUUCUGAAGCCUCUGUCACCACUGCUGCAACCCUCAGACCUGCGAACCAUUGCCGGCCCCGCCCGUGGUGACGCCCCUGACCUGGACGGUCCAGUCUUCAGCUCAGACAACAUCUCCGUCACUAGCAACCAUUGUGUGGUCUGCGCUUCCCAGCAGGAGGAUGGGUCCCCGGACAGAGGGAGCACCAGUGACGAGUGGCAACCCAGCGGCCCCAGCAGCCCCAGCAGUAGUUCAGGCUCUCAAUGUGGCUUCUACUCCUUUGUGGAGGAUCCAUCGAGUCAAGAAGCAGAGCUCAACGAAGCCUGGAUGGUUUCACCACAGCGGCAGGCUCAGCUGCUUACCUUGAGGGUAAAAAAAGGAUUCAAACUACAGACCUACACCAGCAGCAGGAAGCCAGAGAGCCUAUUCUCAGAGAGCAAAGAAGACUCACAGUACAAAGUGGAUCCAGAGAAUGUCAUCAAAGUGGUGGGGGAGGAAGAGGAGAAGCAGCUUCGCAAGGAGAUCAUUCACAGCCAAGCACUGAAGAAGAGCCCAAUGUUCAAAGAUCCUCUGCAUGUUUUGGAGGAUCUGGAUCUGAGCAUAUCCACAAACCAACUGCUAGAUGGUUUCAGUUUGAGCUACCGUUCUGUGAGCUCCAGGCCAGAACCUCCUAAACCAGCUGAAUCUGAGGCAGUCAACAAGGAGCAGAUCAACUUCAGUGCUGUGCGACAACAGUUCCUGAAGAUGGAGCAGGACCUGUUGAAUCCCGUCCUCAACCCUCUAAAGUCCUCAGCAAUACACCUGACUCCAUCUUUUCAGCAAGAUCCUGAUGUGUUCUUGUCUAGACAGGAGGAGACAUUCGACAGUGUGGAGGUGAGUGAUGACACAUAUCAGUUUAAGCCAUCAGAAGAAGAUAAGAGCUACCCAGAAAGGAAGGGGACAGGGGGCAGCGGAUACACCAGUGAUGAAGGCAUGUUCAAUGACAACACUCAGCAUGAAAGCAUCGGCUGCAAGUCCACAGCUGAGUCUGAGACUCCAAUUGAAAAGGAAAUCCGAUUAGUUCAGGAACGUGAGGAGAACCUGCGGCAUUCUCGUGGCCUGAAGCACGCUGACAGUAAGAAGGAGGUAGUCGAAAUCAAAACCAAACGUUUACAGUCAUCGCUCAAAACUAUCAAAGUUAAAGAAAAGACUUGUAUGAGCUUCAUUAUUCAGCAAGACAUUCAGAAGGAGAUUGAGACUAGUGAGGAAACUCAGCAGUCGGGAGGGAUCUGGGAACAACACAACCUAGAUGUUCCACAGCAGCUGGAGGAGGUAAAGUGCAACAUUGACCAACAAGACACGGACAGGAAGGCAGAGGAAAGACCUGCGUCUGUGUCUGGAGAGACAGAUGUCUUCUUGUCUCCCUGCUGUCCUCAUAGACACCCUGAAAAAACCCAGUUGUCCAUCACUCAAGAUAAUUCAGCUUUCACCUCCUUCACUGUGAAGGACUUGAAUGUCCAGGGGUCAGGACAUUUGGACCAGGAUCCAAUUACUCCAUCACACCCCUCCUUGCCCUCCUCCCCAGCACUGACACCUCAACAUAAACUAACCUGGACCAUGCCUCAAUCUUGGAGGGAAAACCUGGAGUUCACUGGCCUGCAGUCUAGAGGACAAGGAGCUCCAGAUUUCAUAGAGAUGGAGAUCGAGGAGAGCCUGAGACGGGAACAGGAGUUGAGGGAGUCCAGGGAGAAAACCAAUCAUCAGCUCUUCUCUCCAACUCCGGGGCUGGAACAACCAACCAGGAUGGCUGUCAGUCAGUUGCACCCUUCUGCAAAUACAGAUAAACUCGUCAGUCUGUGCUCGUCCUCACCUUGUCCCCCUGUCCGUCUUUCAUCGAUCUCCUUUAUCACUGCCCAGCCCUGGACCUCCUCGCCCCCCACUCCCCGCUCCUCCACCUCCUCCCCUGUGGUGGCCCCAUCGGGACCCCUUCCUCUCAGGGGCCUCACACAGACCCUGCUGCAGAACUUUGAGGAGAGACGAGUUAAGCUGAAGCUGGAGGAGAGCUCGUACGCAGGAAUCCAGCCGACUGACGACGUCAACAAUGAGGUCGUUGAGUCGACUCGUGUCAUUCUACAUAAAAACCAGCGAGCCAUGCGAUGGGAGGCCGGAGUCUUCACCAACCAGAAGGACCAGCAGGACUAGAUCCAGGAACAGGAUUUGAAGUGGGGGUUUCAAAUGGUUUAAAACUGUAGCUGUGUCUCAAUUUAGGAGCUGCAUCCUCUGCCGGGUGCAUUUGUUGACCGAUCGCGUCACAUGAUGAGACUAGACUGUCCCAAUUGGAAGGCUCCUCCAAAUGUGUCCUUACCACCCGAGCCACCAGGUGGAUCCUUCCCGGCACAACCAAUCCCAGGAUUCAUAGCGCUUCACGGAACGUUAAUUGUUAACUGUAAUGGUAGGUAAUGGUUGUAACUGCGGGACAAGCUUGUGACAUUUGUUGUGUAGACCUGGUCCACCACAGGAGUCAGUGUAGACCUGGUCCACCACAGGACGUCAGUGUAGACCUGGUCCACCACAGGACGACAGUGUAGAUCUGGUCCACCACAGGAGUCAGUGUAGACCUGGUCCACCACAGGACGUCAGUGUAGACCUGGUCUACCACAAGACGUCAGUGUAGACCUGGUCCACCACAGGAGUCAGUGUAGACCUGGUCCACCACAGGAGUCAGUGUAGACCUGGUCCACCACAGGAGUCAGUGUAGACCUGGUCCACCACAGGACGUCAGUGUAUACCUGUUCCACCACAGGACGUCAGUGUAGACCUGGUCCAACACAGGAGUCAGUGUAGACCUGGUCCACCACAGGACGUCAGUGUAGACCUGGUCCACCACAGGACGUCAGUGUAGACCUGGUCCACCACAGGACGUCAGUGUAGACCUGGUCCGACACAGGACGUCAGUGUAGACCUGGUCCACCACAGAAUGUCACUGUAGACCUGUUCCACCACAGGAUGUCAGUGUAGACCUGGUCCGACACAGGACGUCAGUGUAGACCUGGUCCACCACAGGACGUCAGUGUAGACCUGGUCCACCACAGGACGUCAGUGUAGACCUGGUCCACCACAGGAUGCAGCCGCUGAAUUGAGACAUAGCCAACAACACUCCAACAUGAGAGGCUGCUCCUGAUUGGUCCUAUAAGAUGACGUCUCCUGUCAUUCAAUCAGUGGAGACAAAAAAAAUUGUGUUGAAAAAGAUUUUAAAACUCAAUAGAUAUAAUAAUACUGAAAGUAGCUUUACCUGUGUCUACCUGUCUGUCUCUAUCUGCCUGUGUCUCAAUCAAUCAAUCAAAUUUUAUUUGUAUAGCCCAUAUUCACAAAUCACAGUUUGUCUCAUCAGGCUUUAACAUGGUGAGACGUCCUCUGUCCUUCACCCUCAACAAGAGUCAGGACAAACUACUAAAAACCUUUUAACAGGUACAAAUACAUAGAAACCUCAGAGACACAUGUGAGGACCCGUCUCCCAGGACGGACACAAGUCAACAGAUGUCAAGUGAAGGAAACAUCAUCAGGAUUAAAGUUGUUAGCAGCAUUGAUGAGGGUAGACAUCUUGAAGGAUAACUUCAACACUAUAUGUCAAUCAGUCCUGAUGCAUCAUAGUCUCUGGUCAGCAGCCAGCAAGAUCAUGAUCCACCAUCCAGACCAGAUCCACUAUAGUCCACAGUCAUUGUCCACUGUCGCCAGUUAGGAUCCAUCACCAUCCAGACCACCUCGGUCCUGGUCCACCACCAUCUGAUGCCAACGUGACACAGGAUCCACCAUUACCACUACGAUCAGCCAGCACGAUAUAGAAUCCACCAAACUGGAUCAAACUGGAUCCACCACCGCAACCUCUGAUACACGAUCCACAAUCACAAUCCAUGAUGAUGUGGCCACAGAGGCCCUGGAUCUGCAGCCGAUAAGACACAGGGACUCGGGGGAGGGGUCAAGUCAGAAACAUGUACUGAUGAGAUAUAGAUUAUACUUUGAUGUGAUAAUGAUGGAGUGUGUCUGUCUGUCUUUACCUGUCUUUGUUGUGCAGGAAUCUUCUGUUGUCCAAACCAACUGCCCCAGCCAAACACUGAAUAGAUGUGUUGAUGUGUUGCAUCAUGGGAACAAGCGCUUUCUGAUUCUGAUCAUUUGGUUAAGAUUGUCUCUUUGUCUAACAUCACUAAAGUGAACCUGGUGUGUGCGUUGAAAACCUAAACUUGUAUAAAUGAACUGCUUAAAUAAAGUCAGCUGACUGUGUGGGCGGGUGACAGCAUCCACACUGCUAUGGAAACUGAAUAAUGAGUCUCCGCCUUCUAAUCUGUCUCCGCCCUCUGGUCAGUCUCCGCCCUCUG